GCCAAAAACAGGGACCAAGGGUUUGAUCGUCGGCCAGGUUUCAGUUGGAGGUCGAUUCGAUUUUGCAGGUGGAGGUCAAUCUCGAUUUUGCAGGUGAAGAUCGAUUUCAAUGGUCGCUCGAUUUUCAAAGUUGAGUCUAAGUUAGAAAGUUCCCCAUCCAAACACUAAAAACUGCUUAUUAGCAAUGGAGAAAGCUCGACCGCUAUUGAUUUUAUAUGCUACUGAAACCGGCAACGCUUUAGACGCAGCAGAACGAUUAGGUCGCGAAGCUGAAAGAAGGGGUUGCCCUGUUCGUUUAUUUUCUCUCGACGAAUUUCACCCUUCUCCACGACUGGACAAGGGGAUACCCCGAACUCCAUGAAGGCGUUUUGGACGUUUCUUUUGCAAAGAAGUUUAAGCCGACAAUGGCUCGAUAAAACACACUACGCGGUGUUUGGAUUGGGGGAUUCAGGUUACCAGAAAUACAAUUUUGUAGCAAAGAAGCUUGACAAACGACUUGCAGAUCUUGGGGGUAAAACAAUCAUAGAAAGAGGUCUGGGAGACGAUCAACAUCCUUCAGGGUAUGAAGGGGCCUUAGAUCCAUGGAUGUUCUCUUUAUGGACUAUGCUGUAUAAUGAAAAUCCACAACUCUUCCCAAAAGGUUUGGAUGUUUUUGUGUCUGAUCUGAAGAUGCUCGAUCAACCCAAAGUAGAAAUAACAUAUCUUGACUCUGAUGGAGGGUAUUCACGAUCUUCAGCGCAAAUCGAUUUGAAGUCACUUGAGAAGGAAAUAGUCAGGUCUCGGUCAAUGUUAUCUGGGAAAAAGUCCAAUGAUAAGAGUAAACCUGACUGCUUUAUGAAAAUGGUGAAAAGUCUUCCCUUAAGCAGAGAAGGUUGCGGCAAAGAUGUUCGCCAUUUUGAAUUUGAGGCGCUUUCAUCUACUAUUCAGUACGAAGUUGGCGAUGUUCUUGAGAUUCUACCUGGACAAAGCCCUGAAGCCAUAGAUGCGUUCAUGAAGCGUUGUAAUUUGAACCCUGAGUCAUAUAUUACUGUUAAGCCUAGAAAUAAAGAGGAUUGUUUUGAGGAUGGUGUAAGUGCCUCAAAAGGUCCCAUAAAGUUAAAAAGGUUCGUUGAGUUGACUAUGGAUGUUGCAUCAGCGUCGCCCAGACGUUACUUCUUUGAGGUGAUGAGUUUUUUGGCUAGUGCUGAACAUGAGAAGGAGAGGCUCGAGUAUUUUGCCUCACCCGAAGGACGAGAUGAUCUCUAUCAAUACAACCAGAAGGAACGAAGGACUGUUUUAGAGGUACUCGAGGAUUUCCCAUCUGUGCAUAUGCCAUUUGAGUGGUUGGUGCAGCUGGCUCCUCCUUUGAAAACAAGGGCAUUUUCGAUUUCUUCUUCUCCUUUGGUUCACCCUAAUCAAGUACACCUCACUGUUAGCAUAGUUUCAUGGAUAACUCCUUUCAAGAGAAAACGGACCGGUCUGUGCUCCAACUGGCUAGCUACACUCGAUCCUCACCAAAGAGUCUGCAUACCAGCAUGGUUUCACAAAGGCUCUCUUCCUUCACCCCAACCCUCACUCCCACUCAUCCUCAUUGGACCCGGUACUGGUUGUGCACCUUUUCGUGGAUUUGUGGAGGAACGAGCCUUCAAAGAUCAUAUAUCCCCAACUGCUCCAAUUCUUUUCUUCUUCGGCUGUCGAAACGAGCAUAACGACUUCUUAUACAAAGAUUUCUGGCUUUCUCACUCACAAAACGGCGGGGUUCUUUCGCAAGAAAAAGGAGGCGGCUUUUAUGUCGCUUUUUCACGAGACCAACCACAAAAGGUGUAUGUCCAACACAAGAUGCAUGAACAGAGCGGAAAGAUUUGGGAUUUAUUGAGUAAAGGGUGUGCGGUUUAUGUUGCGGGUUCUUCGAAUAACAUGCCGGCGGAUGUGUUAGCGGCUUUCGAGGAGAUCGUGGCUCAAGAAAGCGGUGUGUCGAGGAACGCCGCCAUAAGGUGGCUGAAGAUGUUGGAGAAAGGUGGCAAGUACCAUGUUGAAGCCUGGGCUUGAGUUUAGCUAAUUAUUUUUUACAUAUUUUUUUCUUAUAGCUGUCUACUUGUAUGCAACUAUCUUACUUUAAGAUAUGACAUGAUAUACCGGGUUUGUUUGAUUCGUACUGAUUUAUCUGCUUGGUUCAAUCGGA